CUCUAGCAGUGCGCAGUAGGUUUUGAGUUCUCCGCGAAAUUCGAGUUGCAUAUACAAAGAGUUGUUUUGACGACGUAGACGAGACAGUUUCAACUAGCAAGAUGUCCACCCCCGUUGGUCCGGAGCCAUGCAACGUGAUCUGCCCAAGUUGCCGCCAACAGGUGACCACCAAAAUAGAGCCGAAGUCCACCACCAAGACUCACAUAAUAGCUCUUAUUAUGUGCCUCACCUGUUUGUGGCCCUGUGCCUGCUGCCUCUACUGCACUCAAUGUGCCCGGAAUUCUGACCACCACUGCCCAUCUUGCAACACCUUCAUUGGCACCUACGAGCGUUAGGAAAGCUACGCCGGAAAUCCUUGCUUUUCCGUGGUCUGCAGCCAGCAGCCGUGUCGAAAUGCUAACCAAAAUAUUAUCCGUAUUCGUUUGACUCCUCUCUCACUUUUUUAAUACGCAAUAUUUUGAGAACACGCAAAACAUUGUAGUACCGAAUUAAGCUUUUGUAUCGUGGCACAUAAAUAAAAUGAUUCAAGAAAGAAAA